AACAUCGUAACCUGGAGUACCUAAAGACUGCCCGCAGACUCAAUGCCCGGCAAGCUAAAUGGCCGCUCUUCUUCUCCAGAUUCAGCUUUACGGCCAAAUAUCACAGCGGUUCUAAGAACACUAAGACAGAUGCCUUGUUAUGGUAAUUUGAGAAAGACUCUGAACCCAGCUCACCCGAGAAUGUAAUUUCACCAGCCAUCAUCGUUUACCCUAUCCAAUGGGAUAUUAUUUAACAAGCCAACGCUGAACAAGAGAUACCCCCAGCCUGUCCCCUAGAUAAAUUGUUUGUACGGGAAAACCUUCAAUAGGGGUCCCCAGUUCACGUCCCAUCCCUGGUCCACCUUGUUCGAAGCACUGGAGUUUAAUGUCAGUCUCACCUCCGGGUACCAUCCAACGGGCAAGCAGAGAGAUUUCUCCAGUACUACUGCAGUCGGAAACCAACAGGAUUGGAGUUAUUUGAUGUGGGCCGAAUACGCUCAUCCUGCCCAAUGGGUAAGGCUAUCUGUCUCCAACUACCAUGCUGCAAGCUCAGUCCCAGGUACGUGGGUCCAUUCCAAAUUAUUUGCCGAAUUAUCCCAGUUUCUUUUGAAUUGGCAUUACCUAAUCAUUAUCGGGUUUCUUCCAAAUUCCAUGUCUCACUCCUGAAACCCGGUCCUGACGGUCCUGAGGAGGGGGACAGGAGGUGCAGGGAAAGGAGGAACCCCUGCCUAUUUCGGUGGAAGGUGAGGAGCUCUAUCAGACUUCCAUUAAAAGGGCCAGUGAAAAGACGAUGAUGGACAAGAGAUCAUGUGACCAAGAGAUCAUCAUGAUGUCAAGAUAUCAGUAGUCUGCACCAAUACCAGUAAAUACUCAAAAACUCAUUUUAAGGAAAGUAUGGAUGGAACAACGCGCGAGAGGUUGAGUCAAAUUCAAGGUAUUCCUUUACUAGAGCGGAUGGUGAAGUACUGGGCGAGAGUGGAGGAGUUCCAGGCGUCAAAUGAGGAUUUGCUCAUUGCCACCUAUCCUAAAGCAGGAACUACGUGGACGCAGGAAGUAGUGGAUGGCAUCCUGAACGAAGGAGAUGCUGAAAAGUGCCAGAGGGCGCCCACUCAGGUGCGCAUGCCGUUCUUGGAAAUGACUGCUCCCGAUGGAUCCAGCUCCGGCAUAACUAAACUGGAGGUUAUGGAUCCCCCUCGUGUUAUCAAAACUCAUCUUCCCGUCCAACUCGUGCCUCGUUCUUUCUGGGACGCUGGUUGCAAGGUUAUAUACAUGGCUCGUAAUCCGAAAGACACUGUGGUUUCAUAUUAUCAUUUCGACCGCAUGCAUCUUAACCAGCCGGAGCCUGGCCCUUGGCCACAAUAUCUGGAGAAGUUCAUGAAAGGGCAAUUGGGUUGGGGAUCCUGGUAUGACCAUGUUAAAGGAUACUGGAAGGAAAGGCAUAACAAGAACAUCCUUUACAUAUUCUACGAAGACAUGAAAGAGGACCCUGUUCACGAAGUAACCCGCAUUGCUCAAUUUCUCAGAAGGCAGUUACCAAAAAGUACAAUAGAGGAUAUUGUGCAGAUGACCACAUUUUCAGCUAUGCGAGAAAACCCCAUGGCAAACUACUCGAGUAUCCCAGAUACAAUCUUUGAUCGCACAGCCUCGGAGUUCAUGAGAAAAGGCGAGGUUGGCGACUGGAAGAAUCACUUCAGUGCAGAAGAGGACGUUGCAUUUGAGGAACACUAUCGCAAAAUAAUGUCUGAUUGUCCUGUUCCAAUACGGUUCACAAUAUGAACUAAAUAAUUUCCUAUUAUUCCUAUAUAAUUACUAUUAUUAAUUUUGUAAUCCUAUGAAUGUUUCUACUUUGUACAUUGCACAUUGCUGGGCAACAAACUGUAAUAUUAAUGUACUACUCUGGAUGGGUGAUAACUGUUGACUGUUCAAAGCUCUUGAAUGCAGCGUAAAGUUCAAGUCCCCUUGUAAAAUGAUAUCAGUAAACGGAAAUUAAAAUAAUCCCCAGCAGAGGGCAGAAAUGUAAUGUUUUUUGUUUUGUUUUGUUUUUUUUAAAUUUCAUAUUUUUACCGUUUUGAAUAAGAAACGGGGCUCAGAAAUAAAUAUGACAAUAAUAAAAUAGAUUCAAACUUUGUGACUGUAGAAAGAAAUCAUACAGUUGUAAAAACCGAGCAAGGCCUAAGUGACCUUUGAGACUGUGCUACCAAACCUCCAACAGAUCUGCACUUGAUAAAGGUUACACUUGCAUGAGGUUCGCAAACGACGCAACUGAAAAUAACAAAAUAAGGUCAGUAAUAUUGAUUAUGUUGAUUUGUUAAGAUUUAGUUUCGUGUGUGUCCAAUUUGACUAGUAUCUAUGUAAACAAAUCAUUGGCGCAUUAAACAAUUUCUCACUUA